GUAACCCUGAGAGUAAUGUUGUAAAUGAUAAGAAGCGGGGGGAGGAUUGUUUUUCCACAAAAUAGGAGCUUGGAGAAAGAGGAAAACAGAUGAACACUGUGUGUGUCAGCAUUGCUUUGAACUCCUAAAAGUGAGAGAAAUAAUUGAAGUAAUUGGGUGCUAAGGUGUGGAAACAGAACAGAAGAAACUUUUACUGUCUGUCUUUGUUUCUUUGUCUCUGAAACUAGUGCUGCACUUGUUUGGCUGCUUUUUAGACGCUGAACGUUAACUCCAUUGCACUACAAGCACCAGCUAGAUGAUUUAUAAUGAAAUGAAAAUGAAAUUAAAGCACAUUUAGACUUGGAAUAAGAUAAUCCUCUAUUGUUUACUGUGUCUCUGUUGUUCACACACUUUGUCUCCACUCGGUGAUGAAGACAAAGAGCUAAACAAGAAGAACAGUUGUGUGGGCUUUCAGUCUUUUCCACAAUGUUUUCAUAGCACCCCGCUGAGCUUGAUGCAAGUCAAUGUAAAAAUUGCAGCUGUUUUGCCCGUUGUCCUCCUCUCUCUUUCUCUCCCCCCUUUCUCCCUUUCAAAGAAUUUUCAUUUGAAUGAAAACCCUGCCUCAGUGUUUUGUUGUGCUCAGAGGGGGGAGGGGUCCAAUUGGUCAGAAUCACUUUCGAGGUGGACCAAUGCGAGCGCGCCUCCCGCCUUCCUCCCCGCCCCCGGUGCCCCACUGAGGCUCCCGGCCUGCCAUGUGAUUAGCCGGCUGGGAGGAGCCAGACGAGGACUGUGGGGCUCUCCAGCUGAGUUGCCGGCCGGCUUUUUGUGUCAGAACCCAGCUGGACAGGCGGAAAGGCUUGACAGACAAGUUGGACAGAGGUCGCAAAGGGGAUCAUAAAGGCCGUUGUGUUGCUGGGGAUCGUUGCCGGCCGGAUCUUCCAGACCUGCAAUUUGGAUAAAGAGCUUCCAUCGGCUGCACUGUGGCUGACCGCUGACCCCGAUCUGCAGCCUAGCCCCCUUCUGGGUCACCACUGAGCUAAUAGAGGUGUUCUGGCUGGGCCUGAUGUGGAAUUUGACCCCGACUGACCCUGUCCCACAAGUAGCCUUUCUCUGAGCCCGGACUGGGGAAAAGGGACGGAUAAAAGAGCAAGAGGGGUGACAGAGAAGAAAGGAGGAAGAAAAGGAGAGAAGUGAGAGCAGCAGCACAGCGACCGCUCUUCCAGUAUGCCGGUGGAGACCCUGCGGCCAUCAGACGGCCGUUUGGCCGGGGUUCCUUUCACCUCUGCCAUGCCCUUCAGGAUACUUAACAAGGGUCCAGACUACUUCCGUCGCCAGGCUGAGCCCGGGGCCCGUAAGCUGAGCGCUGUAGAACGUCUGGAAGCAGACAAGGCCAAGUAUGUAAAGAGCCAGCAGGUGGCUCUAAACCGCCAGGCCCCCAUCAAACCACCAAUCAUUCGCAAGCCCCUUGUUCCUCCGGGGAUGAUGCCCCAGUGCCAGAUCAGCACUCCUCCGGCCCGCAAAGUUCCCCGCUGCCCAGCAGAUGUGGAGAAUGGAGGUGGGAGAGAGGGACCUGUAAGGAGAAGAGGACCCGCUCUUAACUUGGAUAUUCUGAAUAAUCUUAUCAAUGAUGUAUGUGAUGGACCAAUGCCAUGUUCCCAGUCCUCUUCCUCCACCUCCCCCUCUUCAUCAUCGCCUUCAUCAGGAGCUAAGAGCAUCGGCAGUAGCCUGUCAGCAGAGCAGGAGAGGAGCAACCGACUCCUUAACAACCUCAAACCAUUAAAUCACAGCACCAUAAACUCCUCUUCCACAUCCUCUUGCACUUCCUCUCCACUCAACAACAACCUCCGGACCCCUGCAGCAGAACCCGCCCCGCCGGCCGCCCCUAUACCAGCACGAGCACCCCGCAUUGGGGUUCCAGCACCCUAUAGCUCCCCUAACUCUGUGACGGUGCGCAGGGUGGACGUUCGGCCUCAGGCUGAGAUACGGAAGCCUCAGAGGGCCCAGCUGCAGCCCCAGCUCAGGCCCAGACAGACUGCCCAGGGCCAAGUCGCACACCCCCAGGUCCCACCUCCUCAGAACCAAAACCAACCCCCUCCUCCGCUCUCAAACCCCUCCCAAACCCUGCCCCCACCUCCAGCCUAUCCACCACCCAGUCCCAUGCUGAUCCGAGCGGGAAUCAUCCCUCCAGCCUCCCCCGCUUUCACCCGUAUAUCAAACGCCAGUUCCAAGGGGUCCGCCCGCAAGCACCCAUCCUUGCACCGUUCCAAGUCGGACCUGAGUGACCGUUACUCCCGGGCCACAGCCGACAUGGAGCGAUUCUUCAACUACUGCGGGCUGGACCCGGAGGAGGUGGAAGGCAUGGGUGGGGUGGAGUGUUUCACAAGAGCCAACUCGGACAUCGUGUCCGUCUCCAAGCUUCGCAGCGUCAGUACGCCCAGCUCGGAGGCUGACCGGCUGAGGGAAGAUGAAGUAGAUGAGGAUAAUGAGGACGGGCCAGCUAGAGCCAAUGAACGGGUCCCCUAUGGGAUCUCCGUCAUCGAGAGGAACGCUCGAGUCAUCAAGUGGCUAUAUGGCAUCCGUCAGGCGCGAGAUACUAAUAACGCUGUCUCUAACGUAUAGACUAACGAGGACUUGAAAGGACUUGAAAGGAAAAAACAGGGAAGCAGUACUUUUUGUAUAUGUAUACAUACGUCUGGAGAAGGGAAGCCUGUUCAUCUUCUGCUGCCUUACAUCACGUUUAAGGAUUAUCCAGUAGUUGUUUUUUUACUGUUUCCUGUGAAGACUGACUGUUUUGGAAAUUGCACAUUAGUGAUUUUUAUCCGGGCUGCAAGUCAGGACUGCUUCCUUGCAAGACUAAAGAGACGAUACAUUUCCCCUUUCCUUCACUUGUUGUGUACAAGAAUAUAGGUAUACAAAAGCAAUAAUAGACUGGUAUAAAUGAUGACGGUGAGGAUGAAGGCAGAGGAUGUUUGCGAUUUGUGGUUCCUCAUGUAAAGGUACAUUGUGUGUGCUGUGUGUGUGUCUGUGUGUGUGUCUGUUUGUGUGUGUGUGUGUGUGUGUGUGUGUGUGUGUGUGUGUGUGUGUGUGUGUGUGUGUGUGUGUGUGUGUGUGUGUGUGUGUGUGUGUGUGUGUGUGUGUGUGUGUGUGUGUGUGUCUGUCUGUGUCUCUGUGUGUGUGUGUGUCAGAGAUCUCUGCGGCACAAAGCCAGAGUGGAACUUGGCUACAAACUGCUGGAGACUCUGAUGCUACACAGUACAGUGACUGUUGAGUAAGCCAGGAAGAGAACCACGUUGAUACUGUGAAACUUUCACAAAAAAAGCUUCCAUAAACACAUUUGUAUUUUCAAAAAAACUGGCUGUGUAAGACUGUUAUUAUUAUUAUUAUUAUUAUUAUUAUUAUUAUACAAAUUUCUGUCAGCAUGCGAGUGAAACGUUUGUGUACAUUUAUUUUAGGGGUUUGUCAUCUCAAGCACACACGUUAACGCUCACAAAGAUAAUCACUUCAUGGCACAGACACAGUACAUUCAGGUCAAUUACAGUGAAUAUGGUAGCAGCUGCAGCGAGUGCUGUCUGUAUAUCGGACUGUAACAUUAUCUAGUUGUGUGUUUGCAUCUGAAACAUGGUCUCAUGUCUUGGAUUACGCUGCACUGGUGCAGAGAAUAAAUCUGUUUACUAUGUAUGUCUUGGCACGGAUGAGAGAGCAAGUCAUUUGAUAAGGGAUGAUCUCAUAAGUGGAUGGUUGAAGUAAGUGUAGCAUGAAAAAGUUAUUUUGCCUCCAGAGAGAAAAUCAAAGGAUGGGCAAAAGGACGACAGAAAAGAGUAUACUCAUGGAUAGAAAAAAGAUAUCUGUGGUGUAUCACUAUGUGUGUGGUUCUGAAAGUGUCUCAGGAAGAUGUACUCGGCAUACUAACGAAAAUGGACCAAUAUUUAUUUGGAAAAUGUAACUUAAUGUAUUUUUUAAUACUUUUGUGUACAGAAUUCAAUCUUUGCUCUUAAGUGCAAUCUGAUCAUAUCUACUACAAUUACAGUAAAUGUAGGAUCACAUUUAAACACACAUGCAAACACAGGCACCAGUCACAUGCUAUGUGUGAAUGUUAUAAACAGGGGACUGAUACAUGUGCCCUGCUGCUCUGUGAGCUGGAGCACUAAAAGGUAGCGAUACUGUUGUGUAUUUAUUUGACUUCCUGUUUGUGGCAGUGGGAGCAAGAGAAGGACGUGUGUCUCCCCUGUACGAGUUCUCCACCCUCUGCAUCUACUUCCUUUUUAACUUUUCAGGGUAUUCAGUUAUGAGCACCAGCCAGGUUUUCCCUCUUCGUACCUGUGCCUGUCACAGGUAGACGAAGAGCAGCGUACAGAGGGAGAUCAGAUCAAAGGGCUGGAGAACAUGACGGCAGCGAUGGUGAACAGAAGUGUGCUGUUGAAUCCGGCACUGGAUGCCCAAAGAGUCUUCAAGUGAGAGAUCCAAAAUGCUUUACCAUGGUGUAUUCUAAACGAUUAAUAAAACAUUGUUAAACUAC